AUGGUCAGGAAAGGAAAAGAGCCGGCAGCCGCGGAGUCCGGAUCAGCUUCACAGGUCUUGAAUGUGACGGCACAACAGAGUCGCUUUCACAAUGACGCUGUUGAUGCGCCGACGUCGAAAGAGAUUCUAGUGAAAGACCUCAGCAUCAGCGUCUCCCAACGUGAACUUCUCUCGCAUGCGGAGUUGCAUUUGCAAGAGGGCAAGCAUUAUGUCCUAGUGGGCCGGAAUGGCACUGGGAAGUCAACGUUGCUGAAAGCCAUUGCUGAAGGCCAAGUCCCCGGAAUUCCAUGGAGCUUUCGCAUUCUUCUCCUCGGUCAAACGCGUUCUACUCUGGACGGAGAAUUGGAGAAUCUCAAACUCGAGAGUGAGACUGUGCUAGAACAUGUCAUUCGCAGCAAUCGAGAGCGAGAGCAGCUCCUUCGCGAGUCUCGAACACUUUCUGCUGCGGUAGAGCAUACGAGCGAUUCUUUGGCCUCUGUACGAGCGUAUCGGAAGAUCACUUAUGAGCGCCUUUCAAAGAAAGUGGAUGAGGCUCGGCAGAUUUCUGCUCGACGAAGCGGCGCUCGUGGUGCGAAGGCCAAAAAGGCCCUCCUUGAGUUGGAAGACAAGCUGGCGCAGUCGCAAGCUCAGCUGGACGAGGAAGAUGCCGACAUUGAUCCUACGAAGAUGAGCGAGGAAACUCAAGCAGCUGCGGACAUGCUUGCAGGGAUCCACUCCUCUCUCGAGCUCAUGGACGCUUCGGAAGCGGAAUCGAAAGCUAAGACCGUACUACUGGGAUUGGGCUUCUCUUCGGAGAGAAUUAGCAACCCAUUCUCUCAACUAUCCGGUGGCUGGAAAACGCGCUGUGAUCUGGCAUGCGCAUUGUGCCAAUACGCCGAUAUUCUGCUUCUUGAUGAGCCCACCAACUUCUUAGACUUGCCCUCUAUCAUCUGGCUCCAGGACUACGUACGCACACUGGAGCAUACCACGGUUGUCGUUGUUACUCACGAUCGAGACUUUGCCGACGCGGCUGCCGAAGAGCUGCUCGUUCUCCGGAACCUGACUCUAGAGCGAUUCCGAGGACACCUCUCUUAUUACGAGAAGGAGCGGCAUAAGAAGGCAAGAUACCUGACGAAAAUGAAAGAAGCUAUUGAUCGGCAGAAGAAAAGCACACAACAGAGUAUCACGGAGAAUGUGAAAGCGGCAAAGAAGACGGGAGACGAUAAGAGAAUGAAGCAGGCGGCAUCGCGGCAAAAGAAGCUGGACGAACGAACCGGCAUGGAGGUCAGCGCCAAAGGUACACGCUUCAAACUCAAUCGCGACCGCGGCGGCUACCACACUUCCGCGCGUGGGGAAAUUGAAGUGCCAGAUUUCGACCCUCCGGUCAAGAUAUCCCUAGUUGCAACACCACCCGAUUUGCGGUUUCCUGGGGUUCUGGUAUCGCUCGAGAAAGUGUCGUUCUCAUACCCAGGACGGAAGAAGGUUCCAGUGGCUCCAGUGCUAACGGACAUUGAUCUGACUAUCCAUCCUGGCGAGAGAGUAGGACUUGCUGGACUCAACGGCUCGGGGAAGACUACGUUGGUCUCCCUCAUCGUUGGUAGUGGCGAGGAAGGGGCAGCGGCUCUCACACCCACCAAGGGCACCAUAACGCGGCACUCUCGCGCAAGAUUCGGACGCUUCUCUCAACAAGCUGUAGAGGAGCUGGACGCCUUGGCAGCAGAGAAGCCAGCCAUGACGGCUCUCUCACAUCUCAUGGAGAGUGUGGGAGGAGAUAUCCUGGAGAAAGAUGCUCGGGCUGCGUUGGGUGGUUUGGGAUUGCAAGGGCAAACAGCUUCUGAUGUCCCAAUCGCAUUGCUCUCUGGUGGGCAAAAGGUCCGUUUGGCACUAGCAAAGCUGCUCUGGUCUGCGCCUCAUCUGCUCAUUCUGGACGAAGUCACGACGCAUCUGGACGCCGACACGAUCCUUGGACUGGUGGUUGCGCUACGGGACUAUGAGGGCGCGGUACUGGUCAUCACCCACGAUCGAUUCUUCAUGCGAUGUGUGGUCGAGGGCGAGAGUCCUUUCAAACUGGCACCUGGAAUUCGCGCAGACGAAGACUCUGGCGAGGGAUCGGAGUCGGAAGACGAGGCAGGGUCCCGCGUGGGAGUCGUCUAUCGGCUCGUCAAGGGGCAGCUGAAAAAGCUGGAUGGGGGUAUGCAGCAGUACGAGGACAUCGCAGCUAGAGCUGCAGCACGGCUAACCAAGAAGCGUGCCAGCGAGGCGGUAUGA